AUGUAUACAUGUAUUACCAAUGUUCGUUCCACACACUUGUAUCUCUUAGUCGGUUUUUUUUUCAGCUGUGACCAUCUUCAGAUCCAUGAAGUUGAUCAGCCUUAUCACACAAACAAUCUGCAGAAUUACCAUAGCGACGAAAACGAGGCUAAGUACAUUUCUAUAUCCUCCAACGUCAAAAUACGUCACUGUAUCUCCAACGGAACCGGAAUAACCGGCAAACGCUUCCGGGUCAAAUACGAGGUAACUGAAAAAGUCGAACAAAUCAGGGGAACGGUUUCCUCCACGAUGUUUGGUGGUGACAAGGGAGAAAUAUCAUCCCCAAACUUUCCAGACCGAUAUGCCCUCAACGGCGAAACGUUUACAUAUAUAAUAACCAACCUGGACCCGUAUGGCAGAAUCCGGAUGAUAUUUGAUGAUUGGGAUUUGGCGUCCGUCAGUACAUUACAGGUUUAUGAUGGUCCACGCACAACUUCACCAUCAAAGGUUUAUACCCGGCAUGAGCGACCGGUGCUGGUUUCCAAAUCGAGCACAAUUAUCCUCGUUUUUAACACCGGAAGUUCCAGUCAUCGGUGCUGCCACCCAGUGGGGUGGAAGGCUAGCUAUCAGUUUGUUUCCAGUAGUCAAUGGAACACGAUGCCAAGUACAAAUUGUAGCAAAAUUAUGGAAUAUAAAUCGGGAGGUGUUAUUAAUCUGGAUUACCUGACCCCACGUUUACCCGGCAUGUUUGACUGCAUCUGGAUCAUCAGAAAACCAGCCAAGAAAAAUCCAGAUGGCAUCCUUUUAAGAUUAACGGAAAUCGUAUUUGGUCAAGGAUGGGCAGAGUAUCCUGGCAAUAGUUUAGAGAUUAUAAGUGGCACAACAUCUAGGGGUGAAUUACUGGGCAGAUAUUCCGCCACGAAUAUGACCAUUGGUCAUUGGUUCAGUCCAGGUUCCAGUGUGUACAUAAGACUGCGGGGGGCAUUGUCAGCCGAAGACCAACUGAACUUCAUUUAUACAGCUGUGGAUAAUAUAACAGAGGCCGGGUGUCCUAGACGUGGUGACUAUUUGUGUAAGAAUCUGUGGUGUAUCGAUAAGUCCCUGAGAUGUGACUCUGUUGAUCACUGUGGAGAUAAUUCAGACGAAAGUCCUGACAAAAUGUGUCAAUACGAAGAAAUAUGGAAACUAGGAAUAAGGUGGAAACUUUCAGAUUCAUCCACAAAUGAUCCAUGCGCGGGAAAUUUUAAAUGUGGCGGGAACAAAUAUGAUUGCUUGCCAAUGUCACGUGUUUGUGACAGAAUCAGUGACUGUUAUGACGACUCAGAUGAAAAGUGGUGUGCUUACCAUUCUAAACAAAUCAAUGAUGAAAGUUCCUCAACUUCUUCAAGUUACGUUGCUAACACAAUGACAAUUACCGUUGGACUUCUUAUUUUAUAUUUCUUUGUCACAUUUUUGAUGAAAUUGAGCCAUGAGACAGUAACGAUUGAGCUCAAGAAUGGUACACAAGUGCAUGGAACAGUCACAGGUGUUGAUGUUUGUAUGAACACCCACCUGAAGGCAGUUAAAAUGACCAUCAAGAACAAAGAUCCAGUACAAGUCGACACGCUCAGCAUACGUGGUAACAACAUUCGAUAUUACAUUCUACCAGACAGCUUACCGUUAGAUACAUUACUAAUUGAUGACACUCCAAAGGCAAAGAUGAAGAAAGGAAGAGAUGGUGGUAUGCGGGGCGGUCGUGGUGGUAGGGGGAGAGGACGAGGAGGACGUGGGGGGAGAGGCAGGGGCCGGGGGAGACGAUAAACUGGUGCUCUGGCAGGAGGUUCGCAGCAGGAGUGAGAGAAAACAGAAUGUGUGCUUCAGUGGAUGUGAGAUACUAAUGGUAAAAGAAAGUGUGAGAGGCUUCAUAAUCAUGGAACCAAGACAAUUUCAUUUUUUUAUUUGUGAACAGUCAAUCACCUUGUGUUUUCAUAGAAAAGUGAAAUCUUUUGCAGAAUGUACAUUUUUCAUAUACAUCCAUGUGACUUUUAGAUCUGCAUUUCUUCAGUUCAUGGAGAUUUGUAAAAUCAAUAGGAGUUGCUUUUCUUUGUGCAAGAAAUCAGAGUGUAUACAUGUCAUUUUUAAAAAAUGUUGUAUAAAAUUGAAAAUUCUG